AUGGACUCAGCGGCUGCUGCAGACCUGACGGACGUGCUGUGCGAGUUCGAUGCUGUGCUGGCCGAUUUUGCAUCGCCCUUCCAUGCCCGCCACUUCCACUAUGAGGAGCACCUGGAACGCAUGAAGCGGCGCAGCAGCGCCAGCGUCAGUGACAGCAGCGGCUUCAGCGACUCGGAGAGUGCAGACUCACUGUACAGGGACAGCUUCAGCUUCAGUGAUGAGAAACUCAAUUCUCCAACCGACUCCACUCCAGCUCUGCUCACCUCCACUGUCACUCCUCGGAAAGCCAAAUUAGGUGACACAAAAGAGCUGGAAGACUUCAUUGCUGAUCUUGACAGAACAUUAGCAAGUAUGUGA